AUGGGGAAGCAACCGGUGAGGAUGAAGGCGGUGGUGUAUGCUUUGUCGCCGUUCCAGCAGAAGGUGAUGUCGGGUCUGUUUAAGGACGUCCCUGGCAAGAUCCAACAGAAGGUCUCAGAGAACUCGAUCCCUCCCUAA